UUUCAUAUUCCUUCACAUACUUAGCGGACGAAGUGUCGUGUGUUUGGCUUUUUGCAUCUCAAUUAAAGAUUUUUAUCGAACAAAUUAUACGAUAAGAUAUGGAGGAAUAUGCAAGAGAACCAUGUCCCUGGCGGAUAGUUGACGAUUGCGGAGGUGCCUUUACAAUGGGUGUCAUAGGCGGAGCAAUCUUUCAAAGUAUUAAAGGUUUCCGUAAUGCACCAAGUGGAUGGAGGCAGCGUUUUACGGGUAGUGUUGUAGCGAUUAGGCAACGAGCACCUAUUAUCGCUGGAAAUUUUGCUGUAUGGGGCGGAAUGUUUUCCACAAUUGAUUGCACAUUAGUCCACUUUAGAGGAGGAAAGGAAGAUCCUUAUAAUUCUAUCAUUAGUGGUGCAGCAACUGGUGGAAUUUUAGCAGCAAGAAACGGAUUACCAGCAAUGGUAGGCAGUGCAAUCAUUGGCGGAGUGCUUUUGGCAUUGAUAGAAGGUGUAGGAAUUUGUUUCACACGUCUCUCUGCUGAACAAUUCAAACCACCUGCAUUGGUUGAAGAUCCAUCACAACUUGGCCCACCGCCGCAGGGCUAUCCAUCAUAAUGUUCAACCAAAUUCAUUAGAUUUUUUUCAAAUUAGAAUGAAAUGUUCAAAUAACGGUGUUCGAUAGUGCUUUGCAUCAGAAUAUCUCUUGAACAUCUCCUUUUGCCAAUGUUAAAUUUAUAUGCAGCAUGGAAGUCUUAGAUUUAAGUUUGAAUAAUAUUUUAUGUUGUUUUCUUACUUAUUGCUGUAUUUCUUUAAAUCCUCCAACUAGAAAACCAAACACAAUAUUUUGUAAGAAUAUGUCCUGUAAAUACAUAUAAAAUGUAAGUAACAAAAAUAAAUG